UGGGUGACGCUUUGGCCUUCAACUAUACCUUAUAGUUACUUAGGAAUAUUUGGUACCUUCCUUAAAUAUUUAGUGGAGAACCACCACAAAUGGGUGUGCUAUGGGUUCUGGGUAUCCUGGUUGAUUCACGUAGUAGAGGCCUUCUACACUGUUAAGUUAUGCCAAUCGAAAGGAAUCACGGACCCGGCAGUUCAGUUUCAAUGGUUCAUUCAGACACUGUUAUUUGGGUAUGCUUCCUUUGGUCUUCUGGUGUGUUACAAACCUUCAGCCAAGAAGCACUACUAG